AAACUGUAACAAUAAUUAGUGCAAGUGUUUCUUUAACUUGUCUGUCAGGCUACAUAACAUGUUCAAAGGCAGAAAUGACAUUACAAUGAAUAGAUGGCUAAAGCUGACUUGUUAUCAGGUCUAAUGUGCCAUAAAGAAAUGACGUUUUACAGUUAACCAUUAACAUCAUACGACUUUAACCCUGAAAGACCGCGGAAGAGAACAUCACCUCAGCCUACGAAGUUCUCAUCCGAACACGCUAGAGACGAGAGAGUUGUGAAAAUGAGUGACAUAGAUGACGAUAGCGAAAUAUACUUCUCAGUUAAAUUUUUGGGUCGUAUCCAGGUGGUCCGUCCAGGUGGGAUGCAGAUUCUGACAGAUGCAGUACAAGCCCUAAAGGAUCCAGAAACAGAAAUGGAUGAGAAAAUGAAGAAAACUAAAGUGCAUCUGUUUGUGACCAGAACUGCUAUUGACAUUCUAGAGCAUAAAACAAAGUUCAUGCUGUACUCCUGCUCUCUGCCCUCGGUUUCUUUCUGCGCAGUGCAUCCGACUCUGCCCAAAAUACUCGGCUUUGUGGCCAAACACCCAGCGGCGGACAUGUACCACUGCUACAUCUUCCAGAGCAAGAAGUUUUCCCAUCUGCUGGUGUCUAUCAUUGGUGACACCUUUCGGGCUUAUAAGCAGGAUGAGAGUCUGCAAGGCGAUCGUGACCUGGUGGUGGAGGCCCUGAGACACAAGAAUAAAGUACUGGAGCGAGAGAACGCCGAGCUGAAGAGGAGACUGCAAGCCAAUGGAGAAAACGCUGGUGGAAACCAGAAAAUUUAUGAAAAUGAGUCUGAUCUUGAUCAAAUUUCAUCUCGAUCAGGACAGGUGAGAUUCUUUUCUGAAGAUGACAAGACUCCUUUGCACAAUAACUUCUAAGAGGAAACAUAUGAAGUCAGAUAAACAUUCAAGAAACGAUACUGACUCCUAAAAUACCACCAACAUCUCCAGCAGAUGCGAUGAACACGGAGCAAUAUUCCUAAGAACAUCAAAAAAUAUACAUUAUUAUUAUAAAAGGUGAUAUUUAAGAAUCUGAAAGAUCUGUAAACAAACAUGUAUGGUAUGGUACAAGGCAGUUGUUUCUAACUCAGUCACAUGACUUUUUUUUAUCCUGCUGACCGCUAGCAUUGGUUUACAGAAGGCUGUGUAACCUCACAUAAUCAUAUUAAUGCAAUAGAUGUAGUUUGCUGUAAUUAUAUUGCAAAACCAUUAAAAUCGUCAAUACUGA